AUGAGAUUGGUCACGAGGAGGAGAAUAAAUGGAGUGCAUGCUAUAAAAGAUGGUCAGACGUGGCUUUAUGAGCCGAAACCUAUUGGGGACUAUUUCAUUAGUCCUUUUACAGAACUCUUCAAGUCAGAUCAUCCUCCAGAUUCAGGAGAAAUCCAACAGUUGGGUGAACUCUGCAUCUCAAAAUCAGAUAAUGCCUUGCUUAUCCGAAUACCUUCAGAAGAGGAGAUCAAAGAAGCAAUGCUCAGCAAUUUAUUAGAACGGAUUAUUUCGCCCAAUCAAGGAGCUUUUGUUCGGGGUCUAUGGAUCGCAGAGAACACGGUGGUGGCUCAAGAGGUGGUGUAUAAAAUUAGAUCGCAUAAAAGGAAGAAUGGCCUUAUGAUGAUGGAGGUUGAUCUAAAGAAAGCUUAUGAUAGAAUCAAAUGGGAAUUCUUGGACAGAGCUUUAAGCUCCUGGGGCUUCUCUGAAGGUUUUCAAAGGCUGAUACGAAGCUGUGUCUAUUCCGUACACUACUCUUUACUUCUUAAUGGAAGCAUUUGUAGAUCUUUUUCCCUUGAUAGAGGGCUGAGGCAAGCAGACCCCUUAUCGCUUCUUCUCGUUAUUCUUUGCUCGGAGUUCCUAACCAGGUUAUUAACAAGGGAGGAAAAAAAAGGAACUCUUUAUGGAAUAAAAAUCUCAAAAAAUGCUCCAGCAGUCAGCCAUCUCAUGUAUGCAUAUGAUCUACUUAUAAUGUGUCGGGCAAAACCUCAAGAGGAAGCAGUUGUGGAUGAAUGCUUUAAGAAAUAUUAUUAG